UUUUUUUUUAAAUAAGGGAAGCUAUUUUUGUUGAUAUUACAAUUUCGUUGAGUGUGGCUGUUGUGGGACGAGGUGGCAAGAAUGUCUUCGAUGGAUGUGGAGAAGCUGAAGAUGAGCUGUGCGGGUCGCGCCAUGGCGGUGCUGACCAGCGGCGGGGAUGCACAAGGCAUGAACGCUGCUGUCCGAGCUGUGACCAGAAUGGGCAUUUUUAUGGGAGCCAAGGUGUAUCUCAUUUAUGAGGGAUACCAGGGGCUGGUGGAUGGAGGAAACUGCAUCAAACUGGCACAUUGGCACAGUGUGACCAACAUCAUCCAGCUGGGUGGGACUGUGAUAGGCAGCGCUCGGUGCAAGGCCUUCACAACUCGUGACGGCAGACUAGCAGCAGCCUUCAACCUGGUGAAAAGAGGCAUCACAAACCUAUGUGUUUGUGGUGGAGACGGCACCCUCACUGGAGCAAACAUCUUUCGCAAUGAGUGGAGCAGUUUAUUGGAUGAGCUCCUGACGAAGGGAAGGAUCACAGAAACUGUGGCCACGGAGCACGCCAAUCUGAACAUCGUGGGACUUCUGGGUUCCAUCGAUAAUGACUUCUGUGGCACUGACAUGACCAUUGGUGCUGACUCCGCCCUGCACCGCAUCAUGGAGAUAGUUGAUGCCAUCAUGACGACAGCUCAAAGUCACCAGCGUACUUUUGUUCUGGAAGUCAUGGGACGUCACUGUGGGUAUCUGGCCUUGGUGUCAGCGCUGGCGUCGGGGGCAGACUGGCUCUUCAUUCCAGAGGCUCCUCCUCAGGAGGGCUGGGAGGAGCGUAUGUGUUCUCGUCUAGAAGUGAGCCGAAAUAAGGGCUCCAGACUCAACAUUAUCAUCGUUGCAGAAGGGGCUGUUGACACAAAUGGAAAGUCCAUUACUACAGAUUAUAUAAAGAAUCUGGUGGUAAAAAAGGGUUAUGAUACUAGAGUCACUGUUCUUGGCCAUGUUCAACGAGGAGGAACUCCAUCAGCAUUUGACAGAAUUCUGAGCAGUAGGUUGGGUGUGGAGGCCGUGAUUGCCCUGAUGGAGGCUUCUCCUGGUACACCAGCCUGUGUAAUUGGCUUGGCGGGUAAUCAGGCUGUUCGUCUGCCUCUUGUGGAGUGUGUGGAGAUGACAAAAAAGGUGCAGCUGGCCAUGGAUGAGAAAAGGUUUGAUGAUGCAGUCAAGCUGCGUGGAGGGAGUUUUGAGAACAACUGGAACAUUUACAAGCUUCUUGCCUUCCAGAAACCAGCCCAGGCUCAGAGUAAUCGCUCUGUAGCUAUUCUGAAUGUUGGAGCUCCAGCUGCAGGAAUGAAUGCAGCAGUGAGGUCUGCUGCGAGAGUAGCUAUCGCUCAUGGAUACAAGGUCUACGCUGUCAAUGACGGCUUUCAAGGGCUCGCCAAUGGUAUGGUGAAAGAGAUACUCUGGCACCAUGUGGCAGGAUGGACGGGACAAGGAGGCUCAAAGUUGGGCACCAAACGAACCCUUCCAAACACAUGCAUGGCAGAAAUUGUGAACACCAUCAGACAGUAUGAAAUCUCAGCUCUGCUUGUAAUUGGAGGGUUUGAGGGGUAUCACGGUGUGCUUCAGCUGUUUGAAGCCCGGAAUCAGUAUGAAGAGCUCUGCAUCCCCAUGUGUGUUGUCCCUGCUACCAUCAGCAACAAUGUCCCCGGAACUUACUUCAGCCUGGGAGCUGACACGGCUGUCAAUGCUGCCAUGGAGGGCUGCGACAAGAUCAAGCAGUCCGCCAGUGGCACCAAGAGGCGUGUGUUUGUUGUGGAAACAAUGGGUGGUUAUUGUGGCUAUCUGGCAACCUGCACCGCUGUGGCUGUGGGUGCUGACGCAGCCUACAUCUAUGAAGAACCCUUCAACAUCCAUGACCUGAAGGCCAAUGUUGAGCAUUUGGCUGAAAAGAUGAAGAAGGACAUCCAGCGAGGGCUCGUGUUGAGGAAUGAACAGUGUCAUGAGCACUACACUACAGAUUUCAUCCACAAGCUUUAUUCAGCAGAGGGAAAGGGGAUCUUUGACUCCAGGGUCAAUAUAUUGGGACAUCUUCAGCAGGGAGGCGUACCUUCACCUUUUGAUAGAAAUUUUGGCACCAAAUUAGGUGUGAGGGCGAUCCAGUGGAUUUCCAAGACGCUCACUGAGAAUGACCGACAAGGACGUCUGUUUGCCAACACGUCAGACAGUGCAUGUUUGCUUGGCCUUGAGAAAAAGCUCAUUUCAUUCAUUCCAGUCAGUGAACUGAAGGCGGUGACCGAUUUUGAGCACCGGAUACCCACAGUCCAUUGGUGGUUCAGCAUGCGGCCAAUGCUUAAAAUGUUGGCCAAAUACCAAACUAAUUUCAGUGAGUAUGUCCCAGGAAGAGUUCAGCAUGUGACCCAACGCUCCCUCAGCUUUGACCCAGGGUUCUAG